AAUGCUUUUACGUACCGAUCAGCCAGAAGAAUAGGUGGCUCCUCCAUGGCAAGAGAACAUCGCUGUUGCCGGUGACAUCGUGGACGGACUUUGAGCAGGGAGAGAGUUGCAGAGUUGCAGAGUUACAGAAGGAGAAGAGAAGAAGGGGUAAGCUCAUCGGGAUCGGAAAUUCCACGUAUCUUUUGGUUUUAUCAAUUGGCGGACAAGUAUGAGCUUCCUCUUUGGCAGCCGGAAAACUCCCGCAGAGCUUCUGCGGGAGAACAAGAGGAUGCUUGAUAAGUCCAUUAGAGAAAUUGAAAGGGAAAGACAAGGCUUGCAGUCUCAGGAAAAGAAGUUGAUUGUCGAGAUAAAGAAAAAUGCUAAACAAGGACAGAUGGGAGCUGUUAAAAUAAUGGCCAAAGAUCUUAUCAGAACUCGGCAUCAGAUAGAAAAAUUUUAUAAACUGAAAUCACAGCUCCAGGGUGUGGCUUUGAGAAUUCAGACGCUGAAAUCAACUCAAGCUAUGGGAGAAGCCAUGAAAGGUGUUACCAAGGCAAUGGGACAGAUGAAUAGGCAGAUGAACUUGCCGGCAUUACAGAAGAUAAUGCAAGAGUUCGAGAGACAGAAUGAGAGGAUGGAAAUGACAUCUGAAGUAAUGGCAGACGCCCUUGAUGAUGCAUUAGAAGGAGAUGAAGAAGAAGAGGAGACAGAUGAGCUUGUAAAUCAGGUGCUGGAUGAGAUUGGAAUUGAUAUCAACUCAGAGCUUGUGAAUGCACCCUCUGCUUCAGUGUCAGUAUCAACUGCAAAUAAUAGGGUUGCACAAGCAGAAGCCGAAGAUACCGGAAUCGAUAGUGAUUUACAGGCUAGACUUGAUAACUUGAGAAAGAUGUAGGUUUCAAUUAUGAGAUAUUAAUAACACUCUUAUAAUAUACAUAAUAAAUCAUGUAUUGUGUUUA